CUUGGUGAUGGAUGGCGCUACAACGUCGACGGGGAAGUAUCCCGGGGCACAUUGCAAGGCACAUCUGCCGUUUGUGGCCAACGAGUCGUAGCACGCGUCCAACACUGCCGCGUAUUCGGUCUUGUCACACGAGCUGAUGGCGCAACCCAGAAGCCCAGGAUAGCACGAGCAUCCGUCGCCGUAAAAGAGGUUCACGCAUCGAUGGUAGUCUGCAGCGCAGUGGGUUUGGGUGCACGAAGUCCAGCUUGCAUUGGGGUACGCAAUGGUUGGGCGGGGAUACACUGGAUACACUCGCGCCUGGGGCGGUGUCGCGCGAGCACGUGAUGCAAGUGCUGUUGGACGUUGCCCGGCGGCCGUUGACGAAGGGGUGGCCCCAACAAUUGCAGCCACGGUCGUGGCAGCGAGCGCCAGCACCCACGCCGCCAUCUUCACGACAAAGUAAAAGUAAGGCGACUCGCCCUUAACCUUCGACUCCCAACAACGAAUCGCAGGAAUUCGAACUUGAGUUUUGUUCGAACGACGAAC